GAUGCGAUAUAGAGACACUGAGACAAGGGGCGAGACGGUGUGAAAAACACACAGAGAGAGAAAAGAAGAAAGUGAAAAGAAGGUUAAGUUUGUGGUAUUGGGGUAACCGCCCCAGUAACAACAUCCAAGGAGAGGCGAUUGUCGCGCUCACAUGGGGAUCACAGUGGACCACAUGAUGAACAUCACGAUGGCAAGUGCCCAAUCUAGCCAGCUCUGCGGAAGGUCGGUUCCCCUCACAGAGGGGCUGACUCUUCACGACAUGUUCGAGAAACUCAUAUCGGCAGCAGAGGACGCGGGCAACGAACAGUUCUUGAACAGCACCGCGGUUUUCUUCGUCGGCACGCGCGUCUCGUUCCGCGAACUCGACCGGACGUCGAACCGCCUCGCGCGCCGCCUGGUGGGUGAAAUCGGCGAGCACGUCGCGGCGACGCGCGACAAUGUCGUCGUCGUCGCCAUGGCGCCGAGCGAGCGUCUCGUCGUCGCGCUGCUCGCCGUGCUGAAGAGCAGCGCCGCCUACCUGCCCGUCGACCCGCGCUUCCCCGCGCGUCGCCUCGCGUACGUCGUCGGCGACGCGCGACCGCUGUGCAUCGUCGCCGACCGACGCGACGCGACGCUCGAGGAGGCGACGCGGUCGUUCGCCGCCGCGCCGACGCCUGUUUUUACGUACGACGAGCUGAUGACGUCGGCGAACGACGUCGCCGCGGGGAGGCUGAAGCCCAGCGAGCGGCUGCCGCAGGCGCGCGAUGCUGCGCUGCUCGCCUGCGUGCUCUACACGUCGGGAAGCACGGGCAAGCCACGGGGCGUGCGACUCACGCACACCUCCAUCGUCAACCGGCUGCGCUGGCAGUGGAGCGAGUUUCCGUUCGCUGCCGACGACGUCGCGUGCCUGAAGACGUCGACGACGUUCGUCGAUCACCUCCAGGAGGCGUUCGGCUCGCUGCUGCGCUGCGUGCCCGUCGUCGUCGUCGGUGCGGCGACGACACGUGACCCGCCCAGCUUCGUCGACGUACUAGAGACGCGAGCUGUCACUCGGCUCGUACUCGUACCGUCGCUACUGCGCAUGCUCCUCGCUUACCUCAAGCUGGACGCCGGUAGGCGGCGACACCUGCGCAGGCUUCGGCUGUGGGUGUGCAGCGGUGAGACGCUGUCCGCCGAACUCCUUCGAGAGUUCUUCGAGCGCUUUCCCAGCGAGCUCCACACGCUCUGUAACCUGUACGGCAGCACGGAGGUGACGGGCGACGUGACGUGCGAGGUGUUCCGCUCGGCGUCGCCGCUGCCGCGAACAGACGGUAAGGUGUCGAUCGGCCGACCGAUCUACAACACGGUCGUCUACGUGCUGGACGCGUCGCUGAGGCACGUACCGACGGGAGAGCAAGGAGAGAUGUACGUGGCCGGUCACGGCGUCGCCGCCGGCUACGUCGGCAGCGCGCCCGACGGACACGAGAACAGGUUCGUGAAGAACGUCUUCUGCGACGUGCCGGGAUACGACGUGCUGUUUCGAACGGGGGACUUUGCGCGGGUCGUCGAUGGAGCGCUGGUGUUCGAGGGAAGGGCGGACGCGCAGGUGAAGGUGCGUGGACGCAGGGUCGACCUCUCAGAGAUUGAAACCGCUGCGAGGUUGUUUGGAGGUACGGACGAACUGGCCGUGCUGUGCCACGACAGCGGGCUAGAUACACAGGUCAUCGUCGUCUACUUCACGCGCAGUUCUCACGAGGUGAGCGAAGACAGCAUGCUCGACCACCUGUCGCGACACCUGCCGGCGUACAUGCUGCCAGACGCCGUGCUGGUCACGCACAUGCCGAUGCUGACGAGCGGAAAGCUGGACAGACAGACGCUCCGUAGCUGGCACACGCAGCGCAGAGUGUCGCGCGACAACGACGCGAAGUCGUGCGACGACCUCUCGCCGGACGAACAGCGCGUCGCCGCCACCGUACUGUCGACCGCCGAACAGCUGCUCGCGCUGCCACCUGGCGGACUACACCUGAACGACGACUUCUUUCGCGUCGGCGGUGACUCCGUCACGGGGGUUCUGUUCGUGCAGCGUCUGGCCGACGCCGCUCUCUCGCUCUCCAUACCGGAGUUUGUCAGCGCGGCGACGUUGAAGCAGGUGGUGCGGGCCGUGCGGCCUGCUCGCGCUGACGUGGCCCUCCCCGACGCACACGCCGACUACAGAGUGAUGCCGAUGUGUGAGUGCAGCGAGCCAACAGCGCUGCUUCACAUCGGAGCGGCCGGAUUCCUCAGUAAGGGAGCCAUGGAUAGUCAACUGGAGGGCCUCACCACCGAACUACACAUUGCCGUACGGAAAUCGCACUGGAACGACAUCGUCAACUCCAAGGAAACUUUUGUAGUCGUCGACGGAGACAACAGAGUGAUCGCCGGCGCCAUCAAUUUCAGCAUGGCCGACGAACCAGCGUGGAUACAUCCUCCAGUGAUGGCGCCACUAGUAGCCGUGCUGGAACGCGCAGAGAGAGAUGUGAUACGGGACAUCGAGCGGAAGGGAAUUCCGCCGGACAAGGUUCUACGCAGUGUCUACAUGGCCAGCGACGUCUCGCUGACCUCCCAGGAGAAUCUUAGACUUAUGAACAUGAUGGUCGAGGAGAUAUACAGGAAAGCCAAGCUGGGAAAGUACGAAUGCAUCGUCACUGUCAAUACGAACCGGGUAAUGCAGGAGAUUUACAAGAGAAAUGGCUACGAGACAGGUCAAACAUUCAUAGAGUAUUGCACCUUCGAAUUCAUGGGAAGGCGACCGUUCUCUCGUCUGCCAGCUGGAGAAGGAGCUGAAUCGGCAAUAAAGUACCUAUAAUCUGUGUGUGUAUAUUUUUGUAGUAGUGUAGUUAGGAGAGCGAGAAACAGUCAGAGUUAGCUGUUAGUUGUUAGCGGAGUACAGAGCGAGUUAGUGGCAAGAGUGUAGUCGGGAUAGUAGCGCAGCGUUUACUGUGUGUGUGUAUCGGAGGAUUGGUUCACUGUGUGUGACACUAUACAAUGCAAAGUGUGGAAUGCCCGUUUUUGAUUGGUCCAUUCCAUCAAUAACUAGACAGUUUUGAUCUGAAUCAUUUUGCCUUGCGCUGCUCCUUGCUCCAUUAUAGUAUUUUCUCAUCCAGCUAAAACAAAUUUUUACUAGGUUUAUUGUUGGAAUCCAUUAUGCAUAUAUACCGAUCACUAGAUGCACACUUACAAUUCUUUUUUGCAGAAUAUAAUAAAAUUGUAUGCUGUACGUGUGUCACUGUUGCAUAUCAACAGACAUUUACAAUAGCAAAUGUUGUGAAACAAGUUUGGUAUCUAAACGUUGCUGCUGCGUUCCGCUGCUGCACCCUUAAACUUGACGUACGUAUAUACAUUAGACGUGUCAUACUUAUUAUAUAGGGGCCUACGUACUUUCUUAUACUAUAUUAUUGUAAGUGUUUUAGUAGUCACGUCAGCAAUACCAGAUUAACAAUAAAUUCUAGAUAUCCAAAUGAUACGAUGAUAUUAUACGAAUUCCCACCUACCUAUAUCAGAAGAUUUUUCUAUGAUGCCCAUAAUUAUUGUCCUUGAGCCAGCAAAUGCAAGCACCAGCGAUACCCACUGACCCAUCAAGUGCAUAAAUGACAGGCUGCUUUCUGCCAAGUAAAGCUGGUAUGCGACAGUAGUCAAUAAUCCAAUAAGAGAGAGAGAGAGAGAGAGAGAGAGAGAGAGAGAGAGAGAGAGAGAGAAAAAUACACACAAUGCGGGCAAUAACGACGAGGUGCGGCCCAAAUCAAAAGUCGUAAUAAUAACCAUAAUACACACUGUAAAUCAUUUCAGAAAUUCUACUUGCCACUGCUCAAAAUUCAUACAUUCUUUAGUUUACUCCAAAAUAUACUAGUGUUAGGUUGUACUUGGCGUGAUCGUAUAGUGUGUACCGGUACUACCGGGUAAUGAUAAAGGUAGUGCGAGGCGCAAAGCAAAGACCAACUAGAGGCGUAACGCACCACAAUCACAUAUAUUGUAAGCCAUAUAUAUCAAUCACAUAUAUCAAUAUAUCAAUAUAUCAAUCAAUCACAUAUAUUGUAAGCCAUUAUGAACACAACGGCAAAGCAACGGUAAAUCAAACGGUAACAGGGAUAUACGUGCGACACGGACAGUUGGGUGAAACAAUGGGGGAGAGGAGUUCUCCCGCUCCAAGCGCGGCGCGCCUUUUAUAUGAGCCCGGCUUUCGCGACCGACAUCCGGGCAUUAUCUUCUCACCUCCUGAGCUUCGCCAGGUCGCAUUCCUAUGCGACUUGCGAUCGUUGCUUCGCGAGCACCGCGUGCCCCCCUCUCCGCACUCCCUCUGUCGACCACGCUAUCUGGUCAGUUUAUUAAACACCUCUGUACGCUCUGUGCGCGACACCUCUGCUUGCUAGGCGCUUUGAAUGAAUAAUGAGUGCGCGCGAUGCUAACUUGCACGCCAGCAUCGCUACACUAGCAUUAACUCUAAGUAUGAGACUUGUGUAAUAAUGUUUAACAAAUACGUAUUUUGUUGACUGCUAUAUAAUAUACGCAGUUGUAA